AUGCUCGAGCUUGCAGAUGCAAUACCAGUCCAGCCGCAGCCGAUUCCGCCGCCUCCGCCUGAGGUCCAGGUCCAGCCAGCACCGAUAAUAGAGACAACGCAUUUCAACCCCUCAUGGGGAUACGAUCUGAAUCUUCUGUCUCAUGCUGCCAGCCAUGUAGCUCUUGAAGGCCAACAGGAAGCUCUUGAGUCGAUGCGAAAGCCUUCACAUUCCGUGGGCCCUCCUCAGCCGAUCCCUCAUGUCACGGACAGGCCGAUCACCGAAAACUAUGGGCUUGAACCUUCAAUCCUCGAUCUAACUGACUUAGGUGACCCGGUCCAAGACUUCACUGUCUUUUUAGAAAGUGUUGGUCUCUCAUCCGACUGGGACUCGGGAGUGUUUUCCACUGUCGAGGAACCUAUAUUGCCAACUACUCUCUCGAUUGACUCUAAACCAUCUCUUCGUGAAACGUCUAGACUAGGGGCAGAAGUUAUGAAUGACCCGCGCUCGGCCGACGAUCCUCCAUCAUUCUCAAAUUUUGGAUCUCGUUUACCUUCGCUGCAACCCGAGCCUCACGAAGUGGAUGAUCGACUCGGUUUCGGCGACGAUGGUCCACGUCCGGCAUGGGAUAUCUCAAACGCUGACCGCCAGGUCUUCGUUUCCAAACUUGAGGAGUUUGCUUAUGUUCUUCCGAAGGGCUUUGUACCUCCAUCAAGACACGCUCUGUCUCGCUUCUUUGCUGGCUAUAUCAACGGACUGAAUGAGCAUCUUCCUUUUGUUCAUGUCCCAACACUUUCUGUUGCCAAAUGCUCUCCUGAGCUGACACUCGCACUAGCGGCAGCAGGAUCGCAUUAUCGAUUCGAGAACAAUCGAGGGAUUGACCUGUUUCACGCAGCAAAGGCAAUACUCCUCGAGCGCCUCCGAAGAAGGGACAGCAAGCAAGUGCCAUGCCCGACAUGGAAUUUUUAUUCUCCCAGUUCGGGAUUCCACAACUCGCGUGGCUCGUCGGCCAUGUCAAAUCAUGCUAGUAGCCCUUUCCAGCAACAGCAGUCUAUGCCGCACCCUGUGGAUCCUUCAAUCUAUGUAUCAGAUGAUUCGGAUGCUCACAUGGAAGUGAUUCGGACAUUUUUGUUGCUCACAGUUUUUGCAUCUUGGGAAAGACAUCCGGAACUUCUUCGGGAAAUUUUAUCGUUGCAAAGUACAUUGGCAAGGCUUGUUCGAGAGCAUGGACUCUCCGAACCAGCGACCAGUCCUGACCCAAAUAGCUGGGAGGAGUGGAUACGAAGAGAGGGCAACAGGCGCACAAAGCUCAUCGUCUACUGCUUUUUCAAUCUACACUCCAUCAUGUACAACAUCCCCCCUCUAAUCCUGAACGCGGAGUUGAAAUUGAACAUGCCAUGCUCUCACGACGUCUGGAAAGCGAGCAAUGCAGCCCAGUGGAGACGGCUCAGUCGCACCCGGCCCGGAGUGGAUGUUCCCUUCCAGGAGGCAUUCGCCAAACUGUUUUUAAAGUCGAGCAUCUCGAACUCUUCGGCACCAAUCUCGCCACUCGGAAAUUAUAUCCUUAUACACGCUAUUAUCCAGCAGAUAUUUUUCGCGCGUCAACUCUGUCUAUCUGCACCGACUAUGCAAGGCACAAGUCUCAGACCCGAUGACUUGACUAUUCUAGACAACUCUUUGAGCGCUUGGAAGGCAUUAUGGAAACGCACUCCCGAAUCCAGCAUCGAUCCUCAGAAUCCAGCUGGGCCGAUUGCGUUCACCUCUACUGCCCUUCUCGGACUCGCUUACAUCAGAUUGCAUGUUGACUUGGGCCCUUGUCGUCGUCUGAUCACUCAAGACCCAGCUCAGAUUGCCAGGGCCUUAACUACGCACUCGGAGCAGAGGUUGUCAGACCAUGAAAGAAAGUUACUUUUGUGGAUCAAGAGCAUGAUGGAUGAGACUGACAUGGCCGUUGACCCGCCAGGGGCGCCCGAUAUGGAAUUUAUGGCUAAUCCUUACAAGGCGAAACAACUAAGCGUCGCUAUUGUUCGGGUCUGGGCAAGAACCUUCAAGGGAAACACGAGUUGGGCGAUAGUUGACUUGGUUGGGUCAAGCUUGGAUGCUUAUGCAGAUGUUUUACAAAAUCAGCUAUGA